CGUGCCGACUCCGCCCCGCCGCUGCCGUGCGGCCCGUUUCCCGGCGCGGAGCCUUCUCACGCCGCCCGCUUCCCUGCCCGUCCAGCCCCGACCAUGCCCGCGGGCGUGCCCUGGGCCGCCUACCUGAAAAUGUUCGCCGCCAGCCUGCUGGCCAUGUGCGCCGGCGCCGAGGCGGUGCACAGGUACUACCGGCCCGACCUGACAAUACCUGAAAUUCCACCAAAGCGUGGAGAACUCAAAACAGAGCUUUUGGGACUGAAAGAGAGACAACACAAACCUCAAAUUUCUCAGGAGAAGAAACCUCAAGAUACAACUCUGCCAAGAACUCUGUGAAUAGUAUUUUAAGUCUUAAAUAUGUAUUUUUAAAAUUUUUUGAGUCAAAGUAUUUGUUCUUAAGCUCCUAAUACAUUGCUAACUGCAGGGAAGGUGCUCAGUAGAUAUUAACUGAUGCACUGAGGAUUAAUUAUGGUUUGACCAGUGUUUCCUGAAAACUGCCAAAGCUUGUAUCGUCAGCUUCCCGAAUGUGGUUUGAUAGAUAUUUAGUCUUGAAAAUCAUGUGAAAUAGAGUAUUUGCACUGACUCCUGCCCUUAUAAUUCUGGUUUAUUUCUCUGAAUAAGCUUGAUUAUAAUGGCAAAUGGACAUUAUAAAAAACUGUAAUAAAAGUGACAUUGACAAUGAAUGCUUAUGGUAUGAAGUUAAUAUUUCUCUAAAUAUAGGAAAGUACUAUUUGUACUAAACUGAAUUAAAUUGAAAUAUUUAAAGUUUGAAUUCUUUUGGAAUUGUGUACAUAACAAAAUUAUAACAAUUGUGACUUGGACUGUCACAACGUCUUUACCCCAAAUUUGAGAAAUCAUGUUGGCAUUUAAUUUUUCUUAUAAAACAUAUUUAUAAAUAACUGAUAAAUAUUAUAAUGGGUUGAAUUGUGUCCCCCCCCAAAAGAUGUUGAAGUCCUAACCCCUAGUACCUGUGAAUGUGACCUUAUUUGGAAAUAGGGUCUUUGCAAAUGUAACCAAGUUAAGAUGAGGUCAUUAGCGUGGGCCCUAAUCCAAUAUGACUGGUGUCUUUAUAAGAAGAGGAAGACGCUACAUAAAGACGGAUACACAGGGAGAAUGCCGUGUGACAACAGAGGCAAAGAUUGGAGUGAUGCAGCCAGAAGCCAGGGAACACAGAAGAUUGAGAGCCACCACCGGAAGCUUGGAAGAGGCAAGGAAGGAUUCUCCCCAGAGUCUCAGAGCAUGGCCCUGCUGACACCUGGAUUUCAGAUUUCUGGCCUUCAGAACUGUGAGAGAAUAAAUUUCUGUUGUUUUAAGCCA